AUGAAGCCGGGGGUGGAUCGGAUGUUCGCAAUCACUCGUGGUUGGGAUGGCGCAACCGGUUUGACGCCAACUACCACUAUUGUGCCAGAGGUCGACUGCGCCCUCUCCAAGUCCGACUUUUCGUCGUACUUGGCCGCCGUCAAACGCGGCCUGGGUGCGGUGGGGGGGGGGGACCAGGCCACAGCAGUCGUGCUCGGACCCGUCACCUUUGUUCGUUUCUGCACAUAUGGUGCCACUGGACAAGAAGACAUUUCCCGCUUCAACCUGUUGACGAAGAUCCUGCCUCUGUACCAGAUUGCGACCUUAGGAGUCAAGAAAGUGCAGAUCCACGAGCCGGCCUUUGUCCUGGCAGAGGAUAAGCUUUUGUCGUUGUUCCAGCAAGCGUAUCCCAGCAUUCUGACCGGAGCAGUUGGCGUCAGCAUUGUCAUGGUCACUUACUUUGAGGGCAUUGGCUCGGAAAAGAGCUGGAAGUGGCGGAUGGGUCUGAAGGAGAUCUCCAAGGUUUCGUUGGAUUUUAUCCGUGGCGACAACUUGCAGCUUUUGAAGGCUGCAGGCUUCCCAAAGACCAAGACGCUCGGCGCCGGGUUGAUCUACAGCCGAAGUAUCUGGAAGAUGCUCCCCGAAAAAGUCGAACAAAUCUGGCAGGAACUGAUUCGGCUUGGCCUGUCCGAUGUUUGCAUCCAGCCCGCCGCGUCUCUUCAGUAUGUGCCACGGACCAUGGAGUGCGAGGAAGCAUUGCAAAAGCAUCCCGCCGGUCGUGUGUUAACGUUUGGCAAGGAAAAAUUGGCCGAAGUCCAAACCUUGGCGGCGUAUUUUCGUGGAGAUAACCCGAAGCUCAUGAGCACUGUACCGUAG